CCAGCCUCCCCCCUCCCCACCCCUGAUGCCAGCCACUCCGCGCCUGGACUGGUCUGCAUGUUUUUGAGGCGGUAUAAUCUGAAAGCGGCCGACAUAUUAUGGAGCAGACGGCUUGUUGAUGGAGAUGUGGCGGUGCAUGAAAAAAAGCUGGUCUCGGCGGCGGUGAUGAAUUAUGAUCGGCGUUAAACAAGCAGAGGAACACGGAGAGGGAAUUCUGACUCUACGUAAUCCAUCUGGACAUCAGGGGGGGAGAUGAGGACCAUGAUGGCUUCGAUGAAAGCGGCGUUUUUCUUGUUUCUGCACUGGGUGCUCCAGCAUGCUCUGUGCCGUCAUGUUGCUGUCCCUGCUGGACCCCUCUACCGUGUCGCUGGCUUCCCUCUCUCCCUGCCCUGUGCUGUGUCAGGAUAUGAAGGCUCACGUACGCAAGACUUUGAGUGGUUUCUGUUUAGGGACGAUGCCGCCGGAAGGCAGAUGGGAGUGGUGUCCACCAGGGACAAGGGUUUCCCUUACGCCCCGUUCCAGGCACGUGUGACGAGUGGGGAGGUAAGAGUGGAGAGGGAUUCAGGGGACAAGGUCCGGCUGAUCAUCCAAAGGCUCCGGCCUGAUGACCAAGGGAAAUAUGAGUGCUAUACUCCCAGCACAGACAGCUCCUAUCAAGGAAACUACAGUGCCACAGUAGCUGUCAAAGUGAUCCCUGACACGCUCCAGAUCAGCUAUUCCCGCUCACUCACUGGCCAACCUGUGUCAGAGGGGGCUUCGUUAACCUUGACGUGCUCGGCCAGCAUCCAAUCAGAGCAGCUCACCCAUCUGUCCAUCACAUUUGGGAAGCGUGGUGGUGCAGAGGGAUCGCCGAGUGGGGCCGGAGAAGAGGUCAGCACCGUCAGAGAGAUUAUCUCCAUUGACAAGCUUCUCGGGGUCGUUCCCGGACGUUUCUACAAGAAACGCUACGAUGAUGGGGAGAUCACGCUGGAGAAAAGAAACGGCGAGGGCGGGCAGGGUGUGUACGUGAUGAAGAUGACAGCGGUGCAGCCAGAUGACAGCGGCUCGUAUUUCUGCGAGGCCUCACAGUGGAUUCUGGACCCCAAUCGAUCGUGGCAGAAGAUCGCACAGAGGACGCUGGAUAUUGGCAACUUGACCGUUCAGCAACUAGCCGAGUCGAUGCGUGUAACAUCCUCGCCCACAGGGGAGGUUACUCUGCAGAUCGGUUCCCCUCUCAUCCUGACCUGUGAGAUUUUGGGGCUGCCGCCUGAAGUCAACUCAGGCCUGCUGGUUCAGUGGAUGAAAAGGGGAUCCGUAAGCAGCGAUUCAGUCGGGGCCGGAGGAGUCGAGGUGGAGGUGGCCCAGAUGACCCCGAAUGGCAUUGUGAGCUGGGGGGAUGACCUCAGCAGAGCUAGUGGUGGGUCUAUGGAGAAAGCAGCAGAGGGAAAGUACUCUCUGAAGCUCUUCUCAGCUCAGCCUGCCGACUCAGGGGUGUAUCGGUGUGUGGUGAGUGUGUACGCCGGAAGAAGAAACCCCGGACAGUCUGUGCCAGCAACACUCACCCAGCGGUCGGAGGGAGUCACCGUCAACCUGAAGACCAAAGAUGUCCUGGUUACAGCCGUGGCUCAGCUCCCUCGCGGCCCUUUGCUGAAAAGAGGCAGCACGGUCACGCUAAUCUGCAACACCACCGUGACCACCACAGGUCCCGCCCAGGUUCAGGUGCACUGGCUGCGCUGGCCAAUCCCUGAACCAGUUAUCAAGAAGGCACCAGACGCUGCGAUGCUAAAACCUCCUGCUCCACCAGAACCCAAGCUGAUAGCUUCCCUAAUGUACAACGGUGUUUCAAAUAUCUACAUCAACCAUAGCGAGAUUAGCAUCGACCGCCUGUCAGUUAAUAGCUACAGACUCAGGGUUCACAUGGCAACGACGGAUGAUCAGGGCAUGUAUGCCUGUCAUGCCGAGGCGUGGGGACAGGACCCGCAUGGAGGCUGGUACAGAACAGGGGCCAAAGCAGAGUCAAAUGCAGUCAAUGUUUACUUAUAUGCCAGAGCUGCUGACCUCCUCCUCAUCCCUUUGGUGGUUGGCAUCUCUUCAGCCUUGUUUGUCGGCAUCGUCAUCAUCGCAACGGUAACUUGCUGCUUCAUGAAGCGCCUGGCGAGGCAGCGCGCUCGAAAGUAGGCGUCCGGCGCCGUCUGUAAUCUGAUUGUUCACAAAGUGGCGACGCAGAAGUAGUCUUGGAAGAAAUGGCCCAUAAAAUAACUUCAAGAAAAAAAAAAUGAAGUAGAAAAUGACUUUCGUCACCUCGUUGGUUGUUUUUCUGUGUUCUGACCUACAUGUUUAACGAUCAAUGCCAAAAAAAUUCAGUUUUAUACUUUCUUGUAUUUUUAUAUCUGAAACAUAUUUUCUUGAUAGGCAUAGUGUGCUAGGCUUCUGCCGCCACAGUUGCACUGCAGUCUCAAGCGUCAGGAGAAAGUGUUAUUUCUUUUGAGCCAACUUGCCCCCAACAUAUUGUUACAGCAGGAUUGUACCACAUGCUACUUAACUCAUCAGAUGCUUUCUGUGAUGCUGCGUAUUAAGGUCACUGUCUAUCGACUCGAAGACCAACAAAGACCGUUCUGUGUUUCCGGGAUUUGUUUUUGAUACUGUUCCAGUUGUUCCUUCCUCAGAGUGCAUGUUCUUCUUUUUACACAAAAGCUAACAAUGUCUAAAUGUACAUGCAUGGUUAAGGCGCUGCCGCAGACAGUCAUCGGAUUGCUGAUGGGAGCAGUUUAGCCUCUGGAAAGUUAAUACGAGUAGGGAUGUUCCAGCAGCGCUCUGCAUGUAAACAAAGUCUUUGUCUGUUACUUAAUAAGGAAGCUGCUGGCUGGGGACUUUCUGACGCUGUCCAACUGAGUACUUCAUACUUGAGUUUUCUCUUCAGGCUGAUAGAUUUGUAUAGAUUUGACAAAGAGAAGACAGAAGAUAUACCCACAAUGCACUGGGCUGAAAUGUGUAAAUACUCUAUGGAGUUUAGGUGUUUUAUUUUCUUAAUGCGUUAAGACUGUGCUAUUGCACCAUUUUUAUUUGGCAAGCACCUGUGUUUUAAGAUUCUCUGCAGCAGACUGCUCUGCUUUUCUAAAGCACUUGGAGAAAAAGCAGGGCUGGAAUGUUUUUACUUGAUUUUCUUCCAGCUGAAGUUAUUUCGUUGCUGUUUUUCUUUCUUUUUGUGGGAUUAAUGGCUCCUAAGCUCCUGUUAAGUGACUGAGAUAGAAAACUGUACUGUGACAAAUAACCCCCGCGUUAUGGUGGGUAACAGGAAAACUGUUGUGUUGCGUAAGGUCUUUUAUGAGUCUCAUCCCCGAGGUGAAAACUUUUUCCAAGCAGUGCAGUCAUAUGACGAGACAGUGUAGUAAAAACUCACUAUAACCGUCAUCAUUGUUAUCGUGUGGUUCAGGCCAUACAUGCCUGCUGCCAAGACUUAUUAUGACUAUAGCUGUCGCUGCUAACCCACAAAGAUUUACAGUGUCUGCGCACUUAAAACGGGUGAAAUCUAUCCUCCUCUUCCCGUUGAAAGUAACACUUAAAAAAUAGUUUGGUCGUGCAAGCGGGCCUGCGCUGUGCGAUCAUUUAAGGAUAGAUAUAUAUUCAGCGAAAAGGAGAGGAAAGCAACAUUAGUUAUACUUGUGGCUCUCUCAUUAAAAUGACUAGUUGUUUGACAUUUCUAAAUUUGAUUACCCUGAGCUAUGCUUUCUCACUUUAUCUCGACUUUCUGUCUUUGCUGGAGUCUCUAGAUCUCCCUGAAACCCUGAUUAUAAAUGUUGGUCACAAACAUCAGGGAAUAAAAUCACAGCUCUGCUCGCUUCCUGAGCCACUUUGUUCCAGAUCAACUGCUCAAAGCUGAUUUGUUCCCCCACAUACCCGCCCACCGCACGGCUACACUCACACACACACGCACACACAUGCACGUGCACAUCCUAGCAGCACAGGGUAGCGUUUGCUGGCUGGUAUUUCAAAUGGAAGAAAGUGAGUAUCUGCGUGUUCAUCUCUAAUCCCUGUUUAUGGCUGCAGUGUCCUGCUGCCCUUCCCCCACCCUGUGUUUGACAGUCACUCGACUCACGCUCGAUUCAUUUCAAUCUCUGUUCCCUGAGAAUUACCGCCAGCUGUAAGCGCUGAUGCGCAUCGCGUGCAGAGUAUCAGAACUUCUGUAUCAGUUGUGUUUUUGUCGGCAGUUGUAUUAAACCCUUUCAUGAAGGUGUUAUGUUUUGUUUGGAUUGUCUACUCUGCUUUAAUACCACUGUUCCUGAAUGCGUCUUACUGCCAUUUAAAUAUACGAAGGCUGUUUUUCUUUUGCUCAGUUUGUUACUUAUGGUGCUUUGGCAGACCUGCCAGUUGGUACGACCAAUAAACCACUCUGGGUCA